AUGAUGGGUGUGGCGGUGGCGUUGUUACUUUGCACCGUGUACCAUGUCCUGUUGUUCAUAUUCUCCUUGUUAUCUGAUAAUAUUCCGGUGCUCAGAAUGCGGCGAGAGGUCUAUCCGUUACUAAUUUGUUUUAUGUCGUAUGUGAGAACAUGGCUGAUGCUUCUGACCACACCAGAACUCCGCAAAAAACUUCUCUCCCUUUACGGACUCAAAACAAAAUGUGCUCCGACUAACUCAUUCGUAAUCAGUCAACUGGAGUACACGCAUAGCCCGUACGUAUCACUUCGGAUCAAGCCAAUAGGAAAACAGCUGAAAAUUUGA